AUGAAGAUCACACAAGUUGGUGUGUUUCCCGCAACGGCAGCAUUGGUGUUGACUUCCACAUACGGCUACUCAUUCAUUGAUGGAAAUCCGGUGAAGGAUCAAAAGGAUCCUACGAGCUUAAGCAUUAAUAAAGAGAGCCACAUCUACGGUGGUACGGAAGCGGAUAUUGGCCAAUACCCAUUUCUUGCUAAUCUUCGCGAUUCAUAUCUUAGUGCGGCCACUUGCAGCGGUACUCUCAUUGCCCCCCUGUAUAUUCUCACAGCUGCACGAUGCACUAUGAUAGAAGAUCUUGUCGCUACUUUUGGAACAAAUCAUAGCAUUCUUUCUGAUCAAGAAGACGACGUGCGAGUCCGUGUUGUUAAAAAAUAUCGUCACCCUUUGCAUAGCCAGGAUACGCACUUGUAUGACGUGGGUUUGCUCAAGUUGGAGAAACCGGUUAGACGUAAACCAGCUAAGUUGUGCGCUCGUGAUGGAUCUGACAACAUGCCCGGUACUAUGGCCACUACCCUCGGUUGGGGACAGACUGAGGACGUUAGCAUAAGCCCUACUCUAAAGCAGGUAACGCUUCCUAUCAUCUCCAAUGCAGAGUGUAACAAAUUUGAAAAGCUUGCUGGUCGCGUGGAGGACUGCAUGCUGUGUGCUGGUAGAGGAAAUGGCAAGGACACGUGCUAUGGAGAUGCUGGUGGCCCCCUUCUUGUCAAUGACGACAUUCUUGUUGGUUUUACAAGCUGGGGAAGCGAUUGCGGUAAGCAGGCUGGUAUCUUUACUCGUCUGAGUUAUGUGAUGGACUACAUCGACGACAUUUUGGCCGGAGGCGAUGGCAGCAAAUUUGACGUGGAGUCGUCGGACUCGCCAAUGCAGGAGGAGCUCCCCUUUUCGUCUUCAUCCAAGACCGAUUUCGACAACUUGUUAGACAAGGAUACCCUUGCGUUCCUCACAAAGGUUGGCGGCAGUCCUGACGGUUUCGACCAGUACCUGGAAACAGGGACAGAUGAUGAUGGGGACAGCGACGAACUUGAUGAUGCAAAUGAUGACAAGCCAACAAAGAUGCCCGGAGCAUUUAAAUUAAGUAAGACGCCUAGUGACGCUUCUAGUGUGCUGAAAAGCGCCGAACAGGCUUAUUUGGCAAAGGAAGGUAAGGCGAAGAUCUCACUUGAGUCGUCAGAGGCAACCGUUGACGAACCGUACUCUCCUAACACGGAAAAUUCCGUUCUUCAAUCAGUUGUUCAAAGUGACAUGAAUCCCUAA